UGAAGCCUCUGCUAUAGUAUAAAGGAGCUUUUUGUCCGGUACGCCCCGGGAGUUUCCACCUCGCGAGGCACUUAGAGCCACAGGCAAGCAAGAAUCACGCACUCCCACGUCUGAAAACUACAGAGGCAAUGGCUAGGCAGCUGCAAGGGCCCAUGGACGUUCUCGUCAAAACAAAGACGGGAAGCUACGCUGGAGCAGGGACUAACGGGAAUGUGUACAUCAGUCUUCUGGACUCCGAGGGAAAGGAAUCUGGCGACCUACAACUUGACGUAUGGUGGAAAGAUGAUCACGAAAAGGGGGCAGAAGGAGAGUACACGCUGAGCAACGUCAAGGUGACCCCGCCAAUCCAAGAGCUGAAGUUAUCACGGGACGUCUCGCGCCCAGAUGACCACUGGUUUUGCAGCUCUCUCUCCGUCCAGCUUAAUCCAGACAUCAACGGGCCGACUUACUACUUCCCUGUGGAUCGCUGGAUCGUAGCAGGAAGCCAUGUGUGGCUGGUUCCAGGCGGCUGUGUCCUCCCUCAGCACGAGAAGCGGAGCGAACAGAGGCAGGAUGAGCUCCAAGUGAUGCGGGAGCGCUACGACUCCUUCAACCCCGUGGACGGCCUUCUGCCAAUGAUUAGGAAGCUUCCAACAGAGGCGAAGUUUUCAGAAAAGCAAAAGCGGGCCCUGGCGGAGACGGCGGCUAUACUUGCCAUGAAAAACGUGGACAUACUCCUGGGAAAGUUCUUCGAUAAAGACGGCCGAUGGGAAUCUUUCGACAGCAUCAGCCAAAUAUUCCCACGGGGAAGAGUGCCGAAGGGAAAACUGCAUUGGAAGACCGACGAGAAUUUCGGCUGGCAGCGCCUGGCAGGAGUCAACCCUACAUCCAUCCGUCUGUGCACGGAGAUUCCAAAGGGGUUUGGAGUGACGGCUGAAAUGGUUGAGCCAUUCCUGCAUGGCCUGAAGCUGAAAGAUGCAAUUCAGAGGAAGCGGCUGUACUACGUGGAUCACACCAUCAUGGCGGUCACCUCCAUGGCCAACACCACACAAGCCAGACCUAUGUGCGCUCCAUUCGGUCUGUUCUUCGUCAAUGACAAGAAGGACCUCGUGCCGGUGGCAAUCCAACUGUACCCUAACGAAGGGAAGGAACAGCACCCGGUGUUCCUGCCGACUGACCCGCCCCACACGUGGCUCCUGGCCAAGAUGUGGUUCAACUGCGCAGAAGCGAGCUAUCACGAGGCCGUGCCUCACCUUGGUUUCACGCAUCUUUUUGUGGAGGCCUGCAACCUGGCGGCCAAGCAGAACCUGUCCAUCUCCCACCCGAUACACCGCGUCUUGGAGCCGCAUUUCAUCUACAUGCUCGCCAUCAACAAUCUGGCCCUGGACACGUUGAUCGCCGAUGGCGGGGCUUUGGAUCAGACUACACAGAUUGGAGUCAAGGGAAGCUUUGAGCUGAUAAGGAGAAGGUUGAAGACUUGGCGUCUCGAUACGGAUGGUACUCUACCAGAAGACCUAAAAAACCGUGGCGUUGACAACGCUGACCAUCUGCCCAAGUACUACUAUCGCGACGAUGCCCUGCCCACCUAUGAGGUUAUCAAGAACCAUGUCACCAAAGUUGUGGGAUACUUCUACCAUCCCGAUGAGAAAGGCAACUCCACCAUACUGAAGGAGGAUGUCGAGAUCCAGAGUUUUGCGAAGGCUCUUGUUACCAGCGGAAUCCAGGGGGUUCCUGGAAACGGAGCUUUGACCAACGUGAAUCAGCUGGUCCAGAUCCUGACCUCCAUCAUCUUCACCGCCAGUGUGCAGCACGCAGCCGUCAACUUCAUGCAGUGGGACCAGUACGCCUUCGUACCCAACAUGCCGCUCGUGCUGGAGGGAAACCCUCCGAGAAACAAGGAGAUUCUGACGGAACAAGACGUCCUAAACGCACUGCCUGGGAAGUUCCAGACUGUGAUGAUCCAUCUGCUGACAGGAGUCCUGAGCGAGCGCGCCACCCAGCCUCUAGGGGACUUUGAGGUCAAGUACCUCCAAGGGGACAAGGCAGAAAGAGUCAUUGAUACAUUCAACAAAGACUUGGCAAACAUCGCACUGGAAAUCGAGCGCAAGAACUCUACUGAGCGUUCCCAGCCGUACGACUACCUGGACCCUCGUCUGAUUCCCAACGCCAUCAGCAUCUAACUGGAGAUUCCCAACGACAUCAGCAUCUAGCUGCUCAGUUCGCAUCAGCAGUUUUCUGCAAGGUGCAAACACGUGGCAUUCUUCUUCUGAAAUUGAAAACUGAGUAAGAUGUGGUGGUAGUGAUUAAGUGAAGAUGUUUGCAAGUUUGCACUUACAAAAAAUGAUAUUUGGCUAGGUGCAGAGUAGAUGCAGAGGAAAAUUAACCCUAUUCAGUGUGUGUGUGUGACGGGGUAGCUUCUGAGGCCCACCGCAUCUUUUACGUCGUACAACGUCUGAACGGCUUAGUUUUCCUGUUAACCAGGUUCUAACCGAUAUGUUGACAAAACGCAGUAAUUUUGCUUUAAUCCAAUCAAGGUUCAAUGUAGUUGAAGAUUGCCAAUCCAAGAUGGCGGAUGGGAU